UCCUCAAAACAAAAGUAAUCCUCAACAACCCUUUGAUGGCUUGAAGGUAAAAAAUUCAGAGACAAAAGGUGGUUGGUGAAGCGCUAGUGACACUGACAUUGAAUUAGAGUUUAGAGGUAGGACUUCUUAAGCCUAACGUGCACACGGCCCGCCUACCCCAUCAGUCUUCAAUCUACCUACUUUCCCUACCAUAACCAUUUUCUUAUAGUAGUUGAAAAUUUCUAACUUUGAGAAAACAAGCCAAAGUUUUGUUUCUAAGAACACAAUAAGGAGUGAAAAACUUGCAGCAAUGGCACAGAUUAGCAGCAUGGGGCAAGUGAAACAGACCCCUAAUCUUAAUUCCUAUCUUCCUAAAAACCAAAAGGGUCUUCUUUUUUCACAUUCGCUCUUCUUCGGAUCAAAGAAAAUAAACCACAAUUCAGCAAAAUCUUUGUGGGUGUGUAAGAAAGAUUCAGUUUUGAGGGUGGCAAAGUCACCUUUUAGGAUUUCUGCAUCAGUGGCCACUGCACAGAAGCCCAACGAGAUUGUGCUGCAACCCAUCAAAGAUAUAUCAGGCACUGUUAAAUUGCCUGGUUCUAAAUCCCUUUCCAAUCGUAUUCUCCUUCUUGCUGCCCUUUCUGAGGGAAGGACUGUUGUUGACAAUUUACUGAGUAGUGAUGACAUUCAUUACAUGCUUGGUGCAUUGAAAACACUUGGACUUUAUGUAGAAGAUGACAAUGGAAACCAACGAGCAAUUGUGGAAGGUUGUGGUGGGCAGUUUCCCGUUGGCAAAAAUUCUGAGCAAGAAAUCCAACUGUUCCUUGGAAAUGCAGGAACAGCAAUGCGACCAUUGACAGCAGCAGUUACUGUAGNGGGAGGAGGUUUAUAUGUACUUGAUGGAGUUCCUAGGAUGAGAGAGAGACCGAUUGGUGAUUUGGUUGAUGGUCUUAAGCAGCUUGGUGCAGAGGUUGAUUGUUUCCUUGGUACGAAUUGUCCCCCAGUUCGUAUAGUCAGCAAGGGAGGUCUUCCAGGAGGGAAGGUAAAGCUCUCUGGAUCUAUUAGCAGCCAAUACCUGACUGCUCUGCUGAUGGCUGCUCCACUGGCUCUAGGGGAUGUGGAGAUUGAAAUAAUUGACAAACUAAUUUCUGUACCUUAUGUUGAAAUGACACUGAAGUUGAUGGAGCGAUUUGGUGUCUCUGUGGAGCACACUAGUAGCUGGGAUAGAUUCUUGGUUCGAGGAGGUCAGAAGUACAAGUCUCCUGGAAAAGCAUAUGUUGAAGGAGAUGCCUCAAGUGCUAGUUACUUUUUGGCCGGUGCAGCUGUCACGGGUGGAACUGUCACCGUUGAAGGUUGUGGAACAAGCAGUUUACAGGGGGAUGUUAAGUUUGCUGAGGUCCUCGAGAAGAUGGGAGCAGAAGUUACAUGGACAGAGAACAGUGUCACAGUUAAAGGACCUCCAAGGAACUCUUCUGGAAUGAAACUCUUGCGUGCCAUUGACGUGAACAUGAACAAAAUGCCAGAUGUUGCCAUGACUCUUGCUGUAGUUGCACUUUUUGCUGAUGGUCCUACUGCCAUAAGAGAUGUUGCCAGUUGGAGAGUUAAGGAAACUGAGCGGAUGAUUGCCAUAUGCACAGAACUUAGGAAGUUAGGUGCAACAGUUGUAGAAGGGCCAGACUACUGCAUAAUCACCCCACCUGAAAAGUUAAACGUAACGGAAAUUGAUACAUAUGAUGAUCAUAGAAUGGCCAUGGCUUUCUCUCUUGCUGCUUGUGCUGAUGUUCCAGUCACCAUUAAGGACCCCGGUUGUACUCGCAAAACCUUCCCCAACUACUUUGACGUUCUCCAGCAGUACUCCAAGCAUUAAACCACUUACCGUUAAGUAAUUAUUUAUAACAAGAGAGACUGUACCAGUUUGGCAACCAAAAUGCUGCCCAUACCGGAAGAGAAAAAGCUUUGAUCCAAGCUUUCAACUCCUUUUCAUUUGUCCUGAGAUGAUGAUGUUCAUUGUAUUUAUUUCUUUUGUCCAGAAGACAUGUAUGUAUACUAUAGAGUUAAGAUGAACUAGCAUGGUGCAGUAUAAGAAGUACUAUUUUGAACAUGAGGGACACAAGACCUUUAUUUUUAUCUGGAGUUAUUCUCUUUAUUAAAAUGAGAUUGUGAUUCAGUAAUUUUUUCCA